CAGAUAAAGACGGACAUGAAAUAACAUCUUUCUUCUUCUUUCUCCUCACGUCUGUCUUUCUUUUGUCACCUCUUCUUCUUCUUCUUCACCCUCUCUACUUCCUCCACCCACCUGCCUCUCUCUCUCUCUCUCUGACUCUGUUGCUCAGUUAUUGCGAGGUUUCCCACCUGUGUGGCAUCAUAUCAGCCCCAUCGAUGCAAGCGAUCGCUGUGAAAUCAACGCCGCCCUUAAAAACUCGAGCUGAAGAAGAAGAGCUGGAGAUAAAAGAGGAGAUAGAAAGAGCUGCAAAGGAAGAAGAGGAGACGUAGAGAGGGUUGCGAUCAUGAUUCAAUCAAAUCACUCGAUCCGCUCGGUCUUCUGCUGCUGCUGUGCCGUACAGACCAGGGAGAUCAGCACCCGCAUGGAGCUGGAGGGAAGCACCUCCCUGUGUUUCCAGAGCCGACGAUACCCAGGGCACCCCUGCAGGGUCGACAGGUCAAGAAGGAAGCUCCCCCUGCCGCCUCCUGACUAUGAGGAUGGUGAAGGUGAGGGGUUGCUAAGUGUCGUCGCCAUGUAUGACUUCACCGCCAAGGAGGACACUGACCUCACACUCAAACAGGGAGAAGAGUACGUCAUCCUACACAAACAGGACCAGCUGUGGUGGAGAGCGCAGGACAAACAUGGGAACAAAGGUUUCAUCCCCAGCAACUACGUGACGGAGAAAAACAGAAUCGAGGCAAACUCGUGGUACUGCAAGAACAUCACCAGGACAGAAGCCGAGCAGCUGCUGAGACAAGAGGACAAAGAGGGAGGUUUCGUGGUGCGGGAGUCAAGUCAGAAGGGAGUCUACACCGUCUCUGUCUACACCAAAACAUUAAGUAGUAAUGGGGAUAUUCGGCAUUACCAGAUCAAAAUAACUGACACUGGUCAGUUCUUCCUGGCUGAAAAACACACCUUUAAAUCCAUACCUGAUGUCAUACACUACCACGAACACAAUGCAGCAGGUUUAGUCACCAGGUUGCGGUAUGCAGUGGGUCCAAUGGGAAGGUGUGUACCCGCCACAUCAGGAUUCAGCUCAGAGAAGUGGGAGAUCAACCCCAGUGAGUUGACCUUCAUGAAGGAGCUGGGCAGUGGUCAGUUUGGUGUGGUGAGACUCGGCAAGUGGAGGGCUCAGCACAGAGUGGCCAUCAAGGCCAUCAGAGAGGGAGCCAUGUACGAAGAGGACUUCAUCGAGGAGGCCAAAGUCAUGAUGAGGCUGUGCCACCCGAAGCUGGUGCAGCUGUACGGUGUUUGCUUGCAGCAGCGCCCCCUGCUGAUCGUGGCCGAGUUCAUGGAGAACGGCUGCCUGCUGAACUUCCUGAGGCAGAGGAGUCGAGCUCUGAAGGAGGCGUGGCUGCUGUCCAUGUGUCAGGACGUCUGUGAGGGGAUGGAGUACCUGGAGACGCAAAGUUUCAUCCACAGAGACCUGGCAGCGAGGAACUGUCUGGUUAACGAGCACAACGUGGUGAAGGUCAGCGACUUUGGAAUGACCAGAUACGUCCUAGACAACCAGUACACCAGCUCCAGUGGAGCCAAGUUCCCUGUGAAGUGGUCUCCUCCUGAAGUUCUCCACUACAGUAAAUACAGCAGCAAGUCGGACGUCUGGUCCUUCGGUGUGGUGAUGUGGGAGAUCUACUCGGAGGGUCGGACUCCGUUUGAAAACAGAUCCAACCUGGACGUAGUGAAUGAAAUCACCAGAGGAGUCCGACUAUACCGACCACACCGAGCCUCACAGCCACUCUACGCCAUCAUGUACCGCUGCUGGCACGAGAAGCCUCAGGGUCGGCCAUCUUUCUCAGAGCUCCUGGCGGAAAUCAGGAAACUGGCAGAAAAUCCAGAUUAACACACACACACACACACACACACACACACACACACACACACACACACACAUCAUCAUACUGCUGAUUAUCAAACUGUUUUUACUGUCAUCAUAAAUGUAAACAAACUGUGUUUGUUAUUGUAAAUAAAUAUUUUUUCAUUAAAAC